CCGGUCUGGGGUGGGGUCCUGCGUGAGGCCGGGGUGAGGACCGCUGCUUGGCCUCGGGUCUCACCAGACUGUGGUCCGGGGGCGCCUCUUCUGUGCGGGGCGCGGCCUGGGACUCUCCCUCCCUACAGGGGAUGAGGGAAGCCCUGCCUCGCUGAAAGUCUGCGCAUUCAAGGUAGCCCGCACCUGUCCCAUUAAAAGCCUCUUCAAAGGAAGCAUUUCACCUGCGGGAGGCAGUAACUCAGACGUGUACCCUCAAAUAUCUCCAAACGCCCUCGCGUCGGCAGAUUCAGUUGGCUUGUGGGGGAAAGAUGCUGCUUUACAGCGGUGGAAACUGAGUCAGGUACCGGGCGGCCUGCGUCUUCAUUUAAAGGAACUAGCCUGACCCUGCUUCUUGGUGCGGAAGCCCUGCGAGCAUCGUGGAAGGAGGCGGCUGGAGUUUGGAGGCUUGAUGGAGAAGUUUGGGGAUGUGGUUCUCUCCUCUUAGAGGAGUCCCCCCGCUCAGGGUCCUGUGGUCCCUCUUCUGGGAGUUGUCUUCUGUUCAUUUGAGAUUUUAUCAUGUGGGCAACCUGCUGCAACUGGUUCUGCCUGGAUGGACAGCCUGAGGAGGCCCCACCGCCCCAGGGAGCCAGGACGCAGGCCUAUUCCAACCCUGGGUACAGCUCCUUCCCCUCCCCGACGGGCUCGGAACCAAGCUGCAAGGCCUGUGGGGCCCACUUCGCCAGCAUGUCCAGGAAGCAGACCUGCUUGGACUGUAAGAAGAACUUCUGCACGACCUGUUCGAGCCAAGUGGGCACCGGGCCCCGCCUCUGCCUUCUCUGCCAGCGCUUCCGAGCCACAGCCUUCCAGCGGGAGGAGCUCAUGAAGAUGAAAGUGAAGGACCUGAGGGACUAUCUCAGCCUCCACGACAUCUCUACCGACAUGUGCCGGGAGAAGGAGGAGCUGGUGUUCUUGGUGCUUGGCCAGCAGCCCGUCAUCUCCCAGGAGGGCAGGACUCGCGCCCCCACCCUGGCCCCGGACUCCCCCGAGCAGCAGGCCUUCCUGAGGCAGCCUCACACCAGCACAGUAGCUCCUACCUCACCCGGCCACCCUUCGGCACCCGUACAGGCCACCUCCGUCCCCCCGGCCCUGGCUCAGCCCCGGCAGCAGGCCAAUGGCCAUGUGUCUCAGGACCAAGAGGAACCCGGCUACCUGGAGAGCACAGCCAGACCCCCUGCUGAGGAUGAGACCCAGUCCAUCGACUCCGAGGACAGCUUCGUCCCAGGCCGGAGGGCCUCUCUGUCCGACCUGACCGACCUGGAGGACAUCGAAGGGCUCACCGUGCGGCAGCUCAAAGAGAUCCUGGCUCGCAACUUCGUCAACUACAAGGGCUGCUGCGAGAAGUGGGAGCUGAUGGAGAGGGUGACGCGGCUGUACAAGGAUCAGAAGGGACUCCAGCACCUGGUGUGUGGUGCCGAGGACCAAAACGGGGGAGCGGUGCCGUCCAGCCUGGAGGAGAACCUGUGUCGGAUCUGCAUGGACUCGCCCAUUGACUGUGUUCUGCUGGAGUGCGGCCACAUGGUGACCUGUACCAAGUGUGGCAAGCGCAUGAACGAGUGUCCCAUCUGCCGGCAGUACGUGAUCCGAGCCGUGCACGUCUUCCGAUCCUGAGGGCUUGUGCCAGCCUCUUCAGUGCCUUACGGGGACGGAGCUCGAAGUAUCUGAGCCCAGGCUUGGCCAGCUCACAGAGGGGCAGGCUAACAAGAAAACCCGCCGUGUUCCCAAGACCAGGGCAAGCAGAGAUGCCGUGUCACCUCUGGGCACGCCUGUGUAGCUUCAGAGGUGGACCGCGUGGAUGGCAGAGCCGGAGGCCCGCGGGAACUGGUACAGAUCGCAUGGGCAAGUCUCUGUGUCAAUGGUUUUGGGAGAUGAUGGUGACUGAUGAAGAGAGGACCUUCCAGAACUUGGACUAUACCUUCCUCCUUCUUCCGAGACCCUAAACAGUUUCACGCUUUCUCCUGCAGCCCGCCCAUCCCCCUGAGCUGCUUGCCUCUGUUUCACCCAUCAGAAGUCCUGGUAGAAACGGCUUUCUUCCCAGCACAUCUGGAUUCACUUCUGGUCUCUGGUUUUCUGUGCUUUUAACCACCCUUUGCUAAAGUCUCUGGCUAUAUUACCUAAAAUCCAUUUAUUUCUUCAGACCAAAAAGAUGUCAGCUUACCAGACCAGCAAAAUCCUACGACAGAAUUUGGACCGGUACACUUAUUUCUGGUGAGAAAUGAAACACAAAUGCUAUUGAAAAAUUUUUAAGUCCUUCAGGGUUGCUUCCUUAAGUGCUGGGAUUGGAAGCUAUCAGUCCAGGGAGCCAGCAAGGCAUCUGGCUCUCAAAAUGCUGGCAGAUUCCAGUCUGUGCAAAGAGAUGGCACCUGGGUCUUCUCUGCUUCGCUCUGGGGGCCUGGCUUUGUGCCACCCUUUGUUUUAACUGGGGAGAAGAGGGAAAGCGUUGGGUGCAAGCAGUGGCUUCUGCUUGGCGCUGACUUCUCCAACAGUCUUAAGCCCCUUUCCCCCGAGCAUGAAGUCCUUCUUUCCCCUGGUCUCACUGAAGGCACAGAGACUCUAGGCAGAGAGCCUUACUCCUCUCUAGCCAGACUUCUCAGGAAGCUUCUGGAGACUAAGCAUGUAAGACGGAGCACCUAAGAGGUGCUAGAAGGUACUGAACCAGGCCGGCUUCGGCCCUUGAGCAGACAGCUGGAAGGCCUAGCUCCCCAGGUUGGUGGGAUCUCCCUACCCUCGUUCCUUUCUCAGCCUACUGAUGUGGGGGCAGGUCAGGAAGCAUUCUCUGGGAGCUGUAGGAGGGACCUUGUGACGAGUAGGUAACAUUCUUGAGCCCUCUCAGGGUCUUUUCACCACUGGAAGAGCUUAAGGACAGUUUGCUGGAGAAGUGUAGCCACGCGCACACACACACUCUUAUCAGAAGAGCCGUGCCUGCUGCCAUUCCAGCUGGAUGAACUAUGCAAACCAUGAACACCCGAGGGCCUUGGCAGUCAGCCCCACCCCAGCCCCCAGUGCAGCCACGAUUUCAGACUAGGAGAACCGACCAUGACUUUGGGGACCCUCAAGGGGGACCUGUGUCACGGUACACACAAACUUAAGGCUUUCUUUCCAUCGUCAAACGCUGACCCCCUUUGGGGGAAUGAAAUAAUUUCAAGUGGUUGCCAGCUGAACACUGGGCCACUUAGCUGACAUUAUACCAAGUCCUGCAUGAUUUGAUUCUGGGCUGUGUGGCCUUUGUAGGAACUGGGGGGGGGGGGGGAAUCAAGGGAUUUCCCUGUGAACGCAUUUUUCACCUUUCUGCUGGACAGUAAAUACUCUAGUUUACAGUGCCUACCAGUUUCACACAGGAUUCAGCUGCUCCCUUCCGCUGUGAAACAGGUCUCCCCACGUUCAGCUCAGUUACAAACACGCAAUAACUUCAGGGCAGAAGCUGGCUCUGUCCCCUUACUUAAAACUUGCUUUCUCUGCUGAAGCCUUACCUCUCCCCACCACCUCCCGGUUUCCCUGAUGGUUGGUUUGUACUGAUGUCAUUUACUUAUUGUGGAGAAAGAACUUGCCUUGAAGUCUUCUAACCUCGUGGUGAAGGUUUCCACUUAGGAAAAAAGGUGUCAACCCCCCUCUCCCCUUUGUAUCUUCUUUAUUAUUAUACCAAAUAAAAGCUGGGAAUUCCAAGCUCCCAUUUCAGUUACUGUCAUCUAACCUAGGUAGAAAACUUGAUUUUUAUUCUUGACUGCUCUCUCAUGCCCCUCAUAGAUCCUUGGCCUUAUCAUGGAAACAUCUAAUUCUUCCAACUAUUCCAUGGCUUUUGCUGUGGUGGUUCUGAGAUUUCAGUUGAGACUUGUUUUAAAAGACCUGGAGCGCUGACUGGUUCAUAAUUCACUGGAAUAGCCGGAUCCAAAUGAGCGAGAAUAAGCUGUACAGGAAUGAGUGCUCAAUAUAUAUUGUAUAAAUUUGUUGAA